UCUCAGUGCAUUGGAAAAUCUACAUGUGUGUACAUAUGCUGCCUUUAAGAAGCAACAGAAAGGCUCGAAACAUGAAAUUCUCUUGGUUUGUGAUCUGGGCUGGAACACUGUUUUUUAAUCCAGUCACUGCUGACUGCAACACUGCUGCUCAAACUGUCACCUGUGAGGAGUCUGGAAAGAACCUCUCUAAUAUCUCCACUAAACUUUUCCAAAAUGUUACUAAGUUAAGCCUCAAAAAUAAUAACAUCACUUUAAAAGACAGCGAGAAAGAGAUUCUUCAAAGUUUAAUUAACCUCACUGAACUUUAUAUUAAUGAAAAUUUGAUUACCAUACUGUACAAUAACAGCUUCUACAACCUGACGAAACUCUUACUUCUGGAUAUCAGCAACAACCAAAUUAGAACAGUGCAUAAAGCAGCAUUUGCUGGAUUAAACAAACUGUCAGUGUUGAAUCUGUCUUAUAACAAGAUUUCUCAACUAGAUUCAGAUGUAUUUAUGUCUCUAAAAAGUCUGACAAUUUUAAAUCUACAGCAUAACUUUCUAAACUCUUUCAGUAUAAAAUCAUCUUUUAAAUUGAUUAAAAUUGUUUUAGCUGGAAACCCAUGGACUUGUUCCUGUGACCUUCUUGAUUUACAGACAUGGCUAACUGCCUCCAAUGUGACAAUGGAAAAUGAAAGCAAUACCACAUGCACAUUCCCAGCAACCAUGGAAAAACUCUCCAUCAAGAUGGCACCUAUCAAACUAGCUGACUGCAAAACUGCAGAAUCUUCUUCAGAAAACCCUGAAACAUCCACUUAUGCCAUUAAGCUUAAAAGUAGCGAACUACUAACAACUCUGACUCCAAACAACAUCACUGAAAACAAUGAAACACAUGCAGAGUACCCACUUGGGAAAAGCUGGACCUUCCUAGCAGGUGUCCUAGGGCUUGUCCUAGGCACUACACUCCUGAUUUUUACUGCUGUAAAAUGCCCGGCAUGGUAUCACUAUGUGAUCAGCUACAGGCACCGCCGCCUGCAAGAAAAUAACUCAGAAAUCUUUGAACAGGAGUUCUCAGCGGACAUGAGUUCUUCUCCUACAGCAUCGAGCACAAGCAAUGAAGAGCCCAUAGUAAUCUUUGAGAAAAUUCAUAAAUUUGUGCCUGAGGAAGAUGGAUAUAUUGAGGACAAAUAUAUAGAUUCUUAAGUAAAUGAGGAGAGUUAACGUCAAACAGUGGAUGAUGAACUGACUUUUCAAAACUGUAGUGCACUGUACUUUCAUAUUACAGUACUUAUGUCCAAUACAAAAUGAAGCUAAGCAGUCCGAAUCCUUUCAUCUCAUCAAAUCCUUAACAAGGUUUUGCUGCAUAAAUUAAGAAGCUAAAAAAUCUGAUGUGCAUGCAUUAGGGCUACACCAAAUAUUUAAAAACAUGCAAAAAAUACUUAUAAGCCACUUUUUAUUAAAAAAGCCUAUUUGGUUGUUUAUUGUGGAGGAGAAAGCUAACUACAUAUUACAUAACAUGAACACAUCUUUACAAAAUAGCUUGUAAAGUUGGCAUAAUCACUAACGCUUUUUAUAUGAAGAAGUCCAGAAAGGAAAAAUCAUUUCCCUAAAAUGCUGAAGCAAGCCAUAGCCACACUGGGGACUGAAUCCAAAUCAACGGUGCCACAGCUCAGUAGUCUGUUAUGCAAAACUAACACAGAGAACAGUGCAUUUGAUGCUUUUUUUUUAACUCAAAUUACCAGCGCAAGAAAGGGUGACUGCUCCAUUCCCUGAAAUGUGUCUACAUGAAGUACAACAAUAAAUUAUCAUUACUGCCUA